AUGGAGGAGUCCAGAAUGGAAAGUAAAUGUAACAACGAUCCUUGGGCGCCGUUACAUGGGGAGGGGCUAGCAUCCUCCCAGCUUCUCAUUGCCCAAGCACCUGAGAAUCCGUUGAACCAAAUGAUUGAAUCUGAACGUUAUAUCCAGACAUUAGAAAGACGGUUAGCACAGUUAUCAAAAGGAAAACAAGGAGAGCCAUCAUCAAAGGACAUCAUUACUUCAUUAGCACUCUUCCAUGAUGAUCAGAUGAGACGCUAUAUUUCUCAAACUGACAUAAUUGAUUUUGGCCUUGCCAGCUGCAGCGGAAGUGAUGAAAUGCCUCAGACUUCAUUUGUUCAGAGAAAAUUACGCCCAGAAAAACAGCCUUUGAACCCUGAAGAAUUAGCAGAGCUUGUUAAAGAAGAUGUCUUGGCUAAAGUCUUUGAAGAAUCAGUUAGCAGUACAGCCAUUGAGACUGUUUCAAAUGCUUUAGAUGCACAGACUUACAGUUCUCAUGUUUCUGAGCCUUCUGCAAAUCCAGCAGAUUUGAACUGCACACCUACUGCUGAUGGCACACACAAGCUGAUUGAUCAGCAGUUUGAUAUUAAGGCAGCAACAGAAUCAGCAGAUGAAAACUGGGCAAAUUUUGAUGAAUUUGUAUGA